AUGAGUGUACUACUAGAGACCACCAAAGGGGAUUUGGUAGUUGACACGGACUGCGAGGCGUAUCCAGUUGAAGCGUUCAACUUCCUCAAGCUUUGUAAAAGUGGAUUUUUCAGGUAUCAGUGUUUCUACAACCUACAGAAAUCGUUCUCAAUUGAAUGUGGCGAUGCACUAGUCGGUAACAACUUAAGAGACUCACUCAGAUUUCAUAGUACUUCCAUUCAGGGUCUGGCCGCUUCAGAAAAACAGGGCUCGGGCCAGCUGCUAAGAUCUUCAGCUCCUUUCCAGAAAACCAGAAGAGCACAACUGGGCGAUGUAGCAUUUCUUACCUCGAUUGUUGAGGGUCAUGUACCGGUAUUAGGAUCCAAGUUUAUGUUUUCGCUCGCAGAGGAUGGAAAUACUUACGAAGACGUGGUAGUUUUUGGGAAAGUUACUGCAGAGUCCUUAGGAGUGCUUCAGGACUGGAGUAACCAAACAGUCGAUAAGGAAUGUCGCCCUGAGGUCGACAUUCGUAUCAAGAAUGCGUACAUCUUACAUGAUCCUUUUCCUGAUCCCGAAGGUUUUAAACUAGUGGAGGUCGGUUUACCUCUGGAAGAUGUUAGAUUGCCGCCUGAAAUGAUAGCUAUUGAAACAAACAAAUUAGAUAGCACUGGUAAAAGCCUAGGCAGUAUGCACUCCAAGGAGGUCACACUAGAAAUUCUUGGAGACAUUCCACAUGUAGGAAUCAAACCAUCUGAUAGAGUUCUCUUUAUCUGCAAAUUAAAUCCCAUGACCAAGGCCAAAGACUUGGCAGUGAUCUUUCAUCGCUUCGGAACAAUUGACACCAUUGAAAUUGUACACGACAAGGAGACAGGUGCCUCUUUGUGCUAUGGUUUCAUAGAAUUCGCCGAUAACAAGUCUUGCGAAAUGGCCUACUUUAAGAUGGAGGGUGUACUCAUUGAUGACAGAAGAGUUCACGUAGACUUUUGUCAAAGCUCCAAAAAGAUAACCCAGCAGCAUUAG